AUGAAUCUCCGACUCAGGGACAGGAAGUCGCCCACCGUCGAGCAAGUCUGCUCCGGCAUCGCUGGCUCGACGGCAGAGGACCCAAUCGAUGCCGUCGUUGUUGGCGCCGGGCCUUCUGGAAUGGUCGCUCUGCGGGUUCUUCUCCGCGACGAUCCUCCCUUGUCCGUCCUGGCCAUCGACCGUCAAGAGGGUCCCGGGGGCAUCUGGACCGGCCACAUCCCGGCCUACUCGACUCUACAGGACCUGAAGUGCGAGUACCAAGUUCACGGCGUCAAGUUCCCUCAACAAGAACCCCCAAGACGAGCACCACGAGACCAAGUGGCCGAGUUCUGUGAAGCUUAUCACAAUGAAUUUGGCUUGAAGGAGCAUGUUCUGUGGCAGCACGACGUGACUUCAGUCGAAAUGGUCAAGCCCAUGCUUCACAAGGUCAAAGUUGCACCGUUUGUGGAAGGGUUGGCAGAGGCCGUCACGACGACUAUCUUCACGAGAAGUGUCCUGGUGUGCACGGGCCAUAAUAUCCACACAUAUGUCCCCAAGCUGCCCGGUCAAGAAACAGCGACGUUCCCAAUCAAGCACAACAACGAGAUUCGCGAUCCUUCUGAACUUCCAACUUCGGAUUUAAUUGUGCUUGGGGCUGGUCCGUCGGCCAUGGACAUGGUCCAAGAGGCAUGCAUCACGCAGAAAGCCACCAACGUCCACGUGGUGGCUCGUAUUGCCCACUGGGGUGCGCCAGACAUGUGGUGGCCAUGGAUGUGGCAAUUCGGAUGGUCCGAACUACAUGUCUUCCGUGUUCUAUACCGACUCCUGCCCAUCUACGUCGUCGACGCGCUGCUCUACUACCUGAACUUGAUCUGGGCCAUUGUACAUGGCAUUCCGGAAUGGCGUCCUCCCGUCAAAGAUCCUGUUUCCAGCAAAGUCGCCUACAUCCUCCGCACGCACUUGCUCCCAUCGUACAAGAAAGGCCAAUUCAAAAUCCAUAAUGACUGCCGCAUCAAAUUGAUCGACGGCGACAAAGUCACCCUGACCGACGGCACCGUGCUCUACCCCAAGAUGAUCAUUUCGGCCACCGGCUGGUCAACAGACUCAUCCUUCCUCCCGGGCGGCGUGCCAGCCGGCGAAUAUGACUCUCUUGCAGCAGCGGAUAUCCCGAAACCGUUCUACCUGCGCUUCUAUGACCAGGAGCAUCCGGGUAUCUUUUACAUCAGCAUGUCCAACGGCUUUAUGGCGUAUACGGAGAACGCGUCGUUCUUGGCUCAGGCUAUCAAUCAGAUCUUGAGAGGGACCUGGACGCCACCUUCGGCCAAGGAGAUGGACAAGAACUGCAGAGAGGUGGUCUUACAUCAUAUAGGCCUGCCGGGUCGUUUGCAAACGGACCUCGAAGAGGCUGGGUUUAAGGAUUUCCGCACGAAGAAUGUCAGAUAG